UGUCUCCCUCCUGCAGUGUUGUGUGCGGACAGAGUGGGCCAGAUGACGAAGACCUACAGCGACAUCGACGCCGUCACCCGACUGCUGGAAGAGAAAGAGCGGGACCUGGAGCUGGCAGCUCGCAUCGGACAGUCGCUGCUGAAGAAGAACAAAGCUCUGAGUGACAGGAACGACCUGCUGGAGGACCAGGUGGAGCACAUCCGAGAGGAGGUGUCUCAGCUGCGUCACGACCUCUCCAUGAAGGACGAGUUGCUGCAGUUCUACACCAACGCCGCUGAGGAAAGUGAGGGGGAGUCCAACACCUCCACACCGGUGCGUUUGAGUGAACCUAACUUGUCCACUCCGACCCUGUUCCCGCUGGACUCCCUGCAGAAGAAACUCAAAGAUUUGGAAGAAGAAAACAAAUCACUGCGAUCUGCGGCGAAUCAUUUGGAGACGGAAACCAUCUCGUACGAAGAGAAAGAGCAGCAGCUUGUCAAUGACUGUGUCAAAGAAUUACGAGCUGCCAACCUGCAGAUUUCCUCUCUGGCAGAAGACCUGGCCAGGAAGAGCGAGGACGCUUCCAGACAGCAGGAGGAAAUCACACACCUCCUCUCUCAGAUCGUCGACCUGCAGAAGAAGGCGAAGCUCUAUGCGGUGGAGAACGAAGAGCUGACUCAGCACCUGGGUGCAGCCAAGGACGCCCAGAGACAGCUCACUGCUGAGUUGCGGGAGCUGCAGGAUAAGUAUGCAGAGUGCAUGGAGAUCCUCCAUGAGGCUCAGGAGGAGUUGAAGAACCUGAGGAAUAAAUCUCUACCUCUCAGCACCCCGAGGCGUUUCCACACACUGGGCUUAUUCCCAAUGGACUCGCUCGCAGCAGAAAUAGAGGGAACUAUGAGAAAAGAGCUUCAGAUGGACGAUCCAGACGUAGAAGAGCAGAGGCUGCACCCAAAGCGGGUUUUCCAGACGGUGAAAAACCUCAACCUGAUGCGACAGCAGCGCUCCUCUGCAGCCCCCUCCCCUCUGAACAUCCCAGGGUCCAAUCAGAACUCGUGCUUCACCUCGAGCCGCUCCAGCAGGGCGGGCACGCCUCGCUCCAACUCCAUCUACGGGAGCGAAACAGGAAGUGGGAUCAUCUUGGACAACAGGACAAGCAGCAUCCUGGAGGGUCCGGACGACGGGUCGGAAGACUCCAACAAGCGGCCCCCUGGUACGCCGGGGACCCCGGGCAGCAGGGACCUGGAGGCAGCCCUGCGCCGCCUGUCGCUGCGCCGUGACAACUACCUCUCGGAGAAACGCUUCUUCGAAGAAGAGAGGGAGAGGAAGCUGGCCUACUUGGGGAAAGAGGAGGAAAAGGGAGAGGCUGAUGGCAGCAGGGACCCGGGGACCCCAACGGAGAGCCUGCUGUCGUUCUGCUCGCAUCCCUCCUUCGGAAGCAUCUGGUCGGGAUACUCCAUCACAGCCAGGUCCUACCUGCCGGAGAAGCUGCAGAUUGUAAAGCCGCUGGAAGGUGAUUAUUGGUCUCAUGAUCCUCUUGACACAAAUAAGGGAAAGAAAAGUCGUAGCUCCCAAAACGUCUUCCUGAAUGCAAACGAAAACUCAAAGAGAAAAGAGAAUCCCAGCCAGAAGCAGAGGCAGGACUACAGCUAUGUUUUUCUAAACAGCUCAAACAGUGAGACACAGAUUGGUCCAACGCGAGACGACGACGACACCAAACACCCGAACCGGUAUUUAAUCUUUCAUAACCAGAGCGAGUCACAGAUCCUCCUGAGCGCCUCACCGAAGGCGAAGCUGCGCAGAAGCUCCAGUCUGUUGGAGAUUCGCAGCCUGUUGGGUUUCCAGCCUCCCCUCAGAGCUCCUCCAGCUCUGGGCAGAGGCCUGCUGACGGCCUUCAGACAAGAGGAAGGCAGUCUGAACCUUCAGCACUCCUUUUAUUUCAGACACACUCAGCCGAGCUGCUGGUUCGAAGUGUAGAAACCACACAGGACAACGCAGGAAUGUUACAGAUCAUAAAAAAUAUGAGUACGUGGUCGAUAUACUUUUCAAAGCAAACAUACUUUGUGCUUGUGUGCAUUUAUAUUGUCCAAAUUAUGCCUUAUUGGUUAGGCAUAAACCUUAUGUUUUUACUAAGUUUGUCAGCUUAAUUGUUACAUCUUUCAUUUGCCUAAAUAUCCAUAUUUAACAGCCCUGACAGAGUUGGAUUUCACUCCUGGUCGCUGUAACUUCAUGCACCAUUUGCAGUGUUUUCCCUCCACCUAGUGUUCAGAACUGAAAUUACAAUCAUAAACAUAUACGUUGCACUAUUUUGCUGUCUUGUGUGUAAAAUUAAAUAAAAUGGGAGAAAAAAAACGACAUGGUAGCAUAAACAAUAGGAUGGAAAACAAUGUGGGGUUUUUUCUGCAUAGAACAUUCAACAUUUUUUUUUAUAGUUGGGUCAAAUAGAAUAAACAAAAUAGAGAGUAUAUAAUUAGAAAUAUCCUCUACCGUUCCACAGCUGGGGGGGAAUUCAGGUGUAAAAGCAACAAAGUGACAGA